GAAAUUGAUUCCCAAUGCAAAAUUGAUUCCCAAUAAACAAUAUGGCGUUUGACUUUAUGACCAAAUCAGAGGCCUUCUCGCGGGUAUUUGACAAAUACGACACAAAUUUCCUCGGCGAACUUACGGCAGAGCAACUGCAGCAGCUGCAUGCAGAGUUUAGGGACGGCGGAGUUAGUUUAGCCCAAGUAAAAGCUUCGAUUCGCGAAGUGUGUGCAACAGAAACUUGCGACAAAGAUGAACUUUUUGAUGUGUUAAACGAGGUGGAUCGAAGGUAUUUUCUCGCGAGAGAUUUGAGCUGGGAGUUUGCUAUGAUAGAUAGAGAACAGAAAGGGACUAUAAGCGAACGUAGUGCAAGGUUUUUAUUUCAAGCCGUUCACGAUGAUUUCUUCUCGCCUAAAAGAUUCGCAAAAUUCCUGCGUAGUCGCGCUGCCCCUGGGACCGGGGUCAGCUUUGCUGAGAUCGAGGUCCCACUUUGUGAUAUUCCAACGCUAGAUUGGUUAGAAGAGGAAAAGGAGGACGAGGAUAGACAGAAAGAGGAGCUUUUAAAGCUUCAAAGAGAAGAGGAAAGGCUAGCAGAGGAAGCGCGCAAGAAAGCAGAAGCGAAGGCGAGGUUUGAACAAGAGGCCGAAAGACGACGUAGGGAAGCAGAGAAAAGAAAAGCAGAGGAGGAAGAGGCAAGGCGAAAGGCGGAUGAGUUGGAAAAAAUAAAGCGGCAGCAAGAGGAUGAAGAAAGGUUGAAAAAUCAGCGCCUUGAUGAAGAGCGCAAAAAACUAGAAGAAGAGGAGGCUUAUUUGAUGGAGGAAGAGCGAAAAAGAAAGGAAGAAGUAGAAAAGAAAAGAGAAGAGGAGGAAAGAAAGAAAAGAGAAGAAGAGGAAGCUGCCCAGAAAUGGAAAAAAGAAGAACUACUUCGUCAGCAACAACUUGAGAGAGAGAAAGAAGAGCAAGAAAGGGCGGAGAGGUUACAGCGGGAGCGUGAGGAAGCCAUGGAGGCAGAGGAUCUAGCAGAAGAGGCAGCUGAAGCUGAGGCUGCUGCUGCAGAGGCCGCUCGGAAGGCUGCAGAGGAAGCCAAGCAGGCGACAGAUGGAGCAAGUCAUAAGGCGGCUGAGGAGGCUCAGAAGAAAGCUCUUGCUGAGGCUAUGAACAACAAGGAGAAAAGAUUGAGAGCUAAUCUCAAGGCAGCUAAUAAGUCCAGGAAAACAGAAAAACUAGAACCUGCCAUCAAAGAUGGAAAGGCAGCAAAAAUGCCUGGUUUAAAAAAAGACAUUGAUGAGGCUGAAAACACCCUUAAGAAUGUUAAGGCAGGAAAGGCUCUCAAAGAUGCAAUCAACCGCAGAAACCUGCAAGACAUUGAGAAGUCCAUGUCAUUUAUUCGUAAGAGUGGCUGGGAGGCUGACUGGGGUCCUGAGCUGAAAGAGGGUGAGAAGAUGGCAAAUCGCCUGCGAAGGCUGGAGAGGAUACGGGCAGAGAUUCUUGAGCUGAAGCAAAGUGUCAUCUCGGAGAUCAGGAGUUACUCCAAUCCCCCGCCUGCUGUUCACAAGGUUAUGAUAGCAGUAUACUUGUUACUUGGGUACAAGGAGAAGCCAUUGCUUGAAUGGAAGCAUAUGCAGGCAUUGCUAGGCAAGACAGGCAAGGAGGGUUUGAAGCGCCAGGUGACCACUCUAGAUCCUCUAAAGGUAGAGAUGGAGCAGGCAGACUAUGCAGACAGCAGUUAUCUGAACGAACUGGACCUCGAGAUCAUCAGGGACAUAAGUGCUGGUGCCGCCACAUUUUAUGCAUGGGCAACUAACAUGAUUGAAGAAGUCCAUGCUGUUGCUGAUCAAAAAGAAAGACUGUUAGAGGAAGAAAAGGUUCGCCUGAAGGAAGAAGAAGAGGAGAGGAAGAAGCAAGAGGAGAGAAAAAAGGCUAAAGAAGCAGGAAGGAGACCAUCUCCUGUCAAAAGAGUUUCCAGAAUUCCAGGCAAUGACCAGCCAAGGGUUUCCCGAGAGGACAGUAGGACACGCAAAUCCUCGCGCGAUAAUGGAGAUAAGAACCAAGAAGGAAGAAGCAGGACCCUGUCAAGAGGACGAGAACCAACAAAGACUUCUCUGAGCAAGUCUCCAGCCAGACCUGGUGUGGCAAAGAGGUCAAGUAGUCUUCAAGACUACAGUAAAUGAUGAAGUCUCCAGCCAAAACUGCUGCAGCUAUAAGUACUAGUCAAUUUAUUAGCUGAAUUUCAAUACCUGACUUGAAACAGUGCAGUAGUUACAGAAUAAAAUUGUUUUUCUUUAGAGCUUUGUACUAGGGGGGGAGGGGAUCCUUUUAAAUGAAAACUUGAACAAAAAUUACUUUAUUUGUUCCAAAGCAUUUGCAUUGAAAAACUUUUAUUUUUGCUAAAUGCAUGUGAAAGCAAAACAAAUUCAGUGAAUUCAAUGAAGGCGGGCACUCCCAUAGCGCCCUCAAAGUAUGCUGGAUCUUCGAGCAUGUUACAUGACACUCAAGACAUCUAGUUAUGUACAUAUAUUUAUUUUUCAUCUUAAUUUUAAAAGAUAUUGUACAUACAGUCUGAAAUUUUAAAGUGACAAACUAGCAAACAAACAACACAUUUGAGAAAAUUAAGAAAUGCUAAACAAGUAAAGAAGUAAAUGAUCUGCUACACUAAAUUGGUAAACAAACCCUUCCCCAUACAUCUUGGCUAUGACUGUGUUAUAUGGUCGCUAUUAAGAAAAAUGGACACCUUUCAAUCUCUCAGCAUAGCCCUAUGAAUGGUUUUAUGCUUUUUUAAAGGUUUAAUGAACGGGAUGUAUUCUUUAAAUCACAUUAUUUCAUCACAUAGAAUCCAGUCAUUUCAAUGCAUGAAUCUUGAGCCAAUUCCAUGAGCCAAGCGUGAUUCAGGGUUUUUCAACUAGUUUCAGUUUAUCAGUCUGUAUCCCAUCCGCAAAGCCUCAGCAGCACUGUGAACAUCAAGUAAACAUGAGUACACUUUUCAAACUAUUUGGAUGGCAGAGCAUAGUUCAACUUCACAAUUAGAUCAAGGAACAAUGCAGUCAGAGUGUGGUGGUGUAGCCUGAUUGUUAGAUGCAUAUGAUAGUCUGUUGCACUCCCUUAGAAAUAAUAAAAUAAAUCGUAGAUAAUC